UUGGAUUAGGCUCUUAGCAUCUGCUUUAGCUCCUUUCAGUCUACAAUAGACACCUUCUGAGGGACACUUGCUUAGCUUUUUCUGCUAGUGCUUUUCUUGGCCUGCAUCUUUUUUCCCCCUUUUUAUUUAUUUGUUUUUAAAUUUUUUUAAGGAUGAAUAUUGAAAAAGGAAUAAUAUUUUCACCACUUUGCUUUUUAGUGCAUGUCUGCUUUGUAGCAACACAGAGUGAUUAUGCACCAUAUUUCUAUGACAAUGGACCCCACAGUAACAAUGGCAAUCUUGCACUGUUCAGUCUUUCAGAAGAUACACCAAAGGGAACACAGAUCUAUGUUCUAAAUGGAACAGAUCCAGAGGGUCAGCCAGUAAGAUAUGGCCUGUCCUUUGAUCCAGGAUCUAAAGAAUAUUUUCGUGUCGAUCCAAAAUCUGGAGUAGUAACCCUGAUCGAGGAGCUCGACAGAGAGGAGCAGGAUGAGCUUGAGGUGCUCGUCAGUAUUUCAGAUGGCCUUAAUAAAGUAGUUGAAAAGGUAAGGGUGUUUGUGAUGGACGCCAAUGACGAGCGACCACAGUUCCAGAACAUGCCUUCCAUUGUAGAUGUACCAGAGAACACACCGUCUGGCAGCAGUAUCUACAAAGUGCAGACUGUGGACAGAGAUACAGGGUCAGGCGGAUCUGUCACCUACUUUCUUCAGAGCAAUGACCCAAACAGCAAAUUUGCAAUUGACCGCCACAGUGGAGUGCUGAGGAUAAAACCGGGUGAGAACCUUGACUAUGAGAGGUCCAGGACACAUUUCGUCACUGUGGUGGCAAAGGAUGGAGGUGGAAAUUAUAAUGGGAGAGUACAGGUGAUGUCAUCAUCUGCUACCUUGACAAUCAAUGUGAUAGACAGCCAGGACUCUCCUCCUGUUUUUGUUGGAACACCUUACUUUGGCUAUGUCUAUGAAGUUUCUUCACCGGGAUCUGAAAUAUUUACUGUAUUUGCAAAAGAUGGAGAUGUGGAAAAUCCUAAUCCAGUUGUUUAUUCUAUUGAAAGUGGAUCCGAUGGUGUGUUUGGCAUUAACAAAACAAGUGGAUGCAUCACUCUUUUUGCGUAUCCAGCCCAUUUGAGAAGAGAAAUAUUUAAUAUCAAAGUCAAGGCUUCAGAGGUUAAUGCAGAAGGAAAUCUCAUGGACUUUUCUGUCACCACUGUAACCAUUCGAGUAGUGGAUCUAAAUAACCAUCCUCCUACCUUUUAUGGAGAAAGCGGCCCACAGAACAUGUUUGAGCUGACCAUGUAUGAGCAUCCUCCAGAAGGAGAGAUACUGAGGGGCCUGAAGAUCACCGUCAAUGAUUCAGACCAGGGUGCAAAUGCAAAGUUCAAUCUGAGGCUGGUGGGGCCAGGCCGCAUGUUAAGAGUGGUGCCACAGACGGUCCUUAAUGAAGCUCAAGUCACCAUAUUAGUAGAGGACUCGGCUGCAAUAGACUAUGAGAAAUCUCAAUCUCUGACAUUCAAGCUUCUUGCAGUGGAGAUCGACACCCCUGAGAGAUUCAGUGCCACUGCAGAUAUAGUAAUAAACUUGCUUGACACUAAUGAUAACGCUCCAAAAUUCUCAUCCGAUUUUUAUAUUGCACGGAUCCCAGAGAACUCACCUGGUGGCUCUAAUGUUGUGUCUGUGACAGCCACUGAUCCAGACUCUGGUCUAUGGGGUGUUGUCAAAUACUCAAUCUAUGGCUCAGGAUCAGACCUGUUUCUCAUCCAGUCGGAUUCAGGGAUCAUCUAUACCCAGCCCUGGGCCAGUCUCGACGCUGAAGUGAAAUCCAAGUACAACUUUUAUGUGAAGGCUGAGGACACAGAGGGAAAAUACAGCCUUGCUGAAGUUUUUGUCACUGUGUUGGACCUCAAUGAUCAUUCACCAGAGUUCAAUGAGAAUUCCUUAGAGAAAACAAUGGUCAUUGGUGCCCCUGUGAAAGUAGAGGCAGUAGAUGAUGAUGCAGAAGAGCCCAACAAUGUUAUUGAGUAUUCCAUCAUGAAAGUAGAGCCAGACAACAUCUUUGACAUCAAUGCUGAGACAGGAGAGAUUAAAUUGAAGCCCUACAUCAAGUCUAUGGACAUAGUGCAGAACAUCACCAAUCAGAAAGAAUGCACCUGGUCUGUGGUAGUCCAGGCAAGAGACAGAGGCUCCCCAUCUUUCAGUACCACCACUGUUGUGAAGAUUGACAUCACAGAAGCAACUCAACUCAGGGGACCUUUUGCCUCCUUUUUAAUGCAAAGUAGGGAAAAUCCCAUGCAGAUCCUAGGCUUGAUCAGUGGUGUCAUUAUAGUCAUGGUUGUUGUCACAGUCUUGAUAUCUACAGUCAUGUUCAUGCGAACCAAAAACUCCAACAAGAUCUUGCCUUCGAGACGCAUCAUAAGAAGGAGAGCCAAGCAUCGCAAGCAGUGGAACUUCCAGAACCCAUUUAAACCACAGAACAAUGGUGAAAAUUUCAUGAUGAAAGAAUCUGAAGUUCCAUUGGCAGAGAACAUCAACUGUAACAACAACAGUGUUGGUACCAGGUGGUCUCCUCCAGCACCCCCAAGAGCCCCCCUGCCUCCUCCACUGCCAGGCCAUUCCAGAUCAGGGGAAUGUUUGUGGGCAGUACCAACUGUUUCUGCCUCUGUCGCUUCUAAAUCAAAGAAGAGAUCCUGCAGACACAAAGAGAACCCUAUUAAUACAGCACUGGUUUCUGAGCUCAAACUAAAACUGGAACAAAAGAAGAUAACGAACCGGUAUUAGUGCUUUAUGAUAUCUUUGUGUUCAUAUUUGACUUGAUGUUCACCAAGUUUAAGGAAUGUGCAAACUUUGGUGAUAGUCUGGUCACAUCACCUGAGCAAGAAGUGCUGAGUAUUAGGACAAGAUUUGAGUCAGCAGGAUUGCACUCCUGUUUUACUGCCAAGCAUGCAAGUAAUUUAUUCAAUUUUUUCUAAGGCUUUCCUUAUUCAGUCAGGCCAACAGGUGAAGUCUGGUCAAAGGCAAGAGGAGUAUCUGCUGUUUCCCUGAGUACUGUGGCUCUGGUAACCCAUACCCCCUGCUGCUAAGGUUCAUCCAGAAAUGACAAAUAUUAUAACAACAACAAUAUAACAACAUAAUACCUAAGAAAAUAUGAAUACUGAAGUGAAAUUUAAAAAUUAAUACAAAAAAAGAAAAUAUGCCACAAAAUGAAUUCUUUUUUAUUUAAGAUCUUGAAUACAGACUCACAAAAAAUUAAAUCAGUCCAUAUUUUGUAGGCUUCAUUAAUAUUUAAUUUUGAGGUCAUGUUAAAAGUAUUUCAGAUAUCAGUAUUGUAAAAGUUGUAUAUAUCUUCACAAUGCCAAAUUACUUAUAGUGAUAUGUUGGUUUACAGGAAUUUGGGGUUGGCAAUAUGUCGCUCUGGAGCCUCUUUUAUUGCCCUGUUGUGGCUCCACAGCAAAGUUCUAAAGGUAUAAAGAGGUAAAAAUAAAAAUAAUCCUCUUUUGCAGUAAAAUAAAGCUCUGCUGAUCGUUCUAAUGAGUUUUACCAAUAAAUGGUCUUGAAUGCUGCAGUUAAUAUGUAAUUUCAGGUUCAUCCUUUAACUCUGAAGGUUGGCGUGCUGGUCACCAGACAGCACAGACAACAGUCUUGCCUUGCUAGUAGCUAACGACAAAGUGAAGAGCAAGAUAUAAGAUAAACAUCCAUAAUUGGAGACUAAUGGACAGUCGCAUUCUGGUGUCUUAGGCACCAUUUAAGGUGGAAGGGGAAAAUUAGAACAAGAAGAUAUGAGAAAAGCAGCUAUAGCUGAGCUGAAGCUUAAUCAGAGCAAAGAUUCCUAUAAACUUGCACAUUAGCACAUGCUGAGACAUAUUUACAGCCAUGAUGGCAAAAUGGACAUUAAAUAAUGUGGCUCCCAAGGUAGUUUGAUUUUUGCUGAAAGGACAAAAUGGCUCUUCUUAACAUUUGGGUUGAUGACCCCAGUCUGAAAAGGUGCAAAAAUUGUAUGUUGUUUUGUUUUGUUUAUGAAACACAACGUUUUUGUAUAUAAUAAUAUAAGAUUUAUACAAUUAUAUUAUUUCCUAAAGAUCUUUUGUCACUGUAUAUCAAGGUACAUAUAAAAACAAAAUAGACUUCUGUUGUACAGCAUGAGGAAAAACCGCUGUGUUGUAUGUGUGUUUAUAUGUGAUCUUUUGUAAAUAAAUUCUUUCAGUGGA